CCAUGUCAUGCUUGUGUCGCAGUUGUAGCAGACAGUAAUGGCAGUGGAUUGAAGUCAGCAGAGACACCAUUGUCAGUGCCCACCAUGUCUGCUGCCCAGUACAGUGGCGCAGUGAUAGCAACUGAGUCGGUACAUAUCAACCUUGAUCGUGGGAACUUGAACCGGUCCGUAUCUGCACACGAUACGUCCACUGAUACGCCUGAUACUACCAUCAACAUGCGCACCGUCAACUUACAGAAUGGUGAUACAGCCUCACCCGCCACUGGCAUCAUUCGACAGGGCUUCGCUAAUGGGGACAUUAUAGUCACACUUCUGCCUAUUAACUCCAGCUUACCUUGGAUCACACCAGCCAAGUUCCGCCCCGAGUUGGUGCCUGAAGAGCUUAUGGCACAAGGAUUAACGCUGACAGUGGAAGACUAUGUGAAUAUCAUGGACCUUCUGACCAAUGAUGUCCGCUUCAGCAUAUACAACGUUUGCUACAAGCGGGUGUUAGUGGUGUGGAUCUUCACAGCCUUUGUGAUCCUGCUGGGUCUGCUAUUCUCAGGGCUCACUGGUCUCACAUUGUUUGGGCUCGGAGUUAUGUGGCUCGUGUUUAAUGCUGCGGCCAUCUUCCUCUGCAUGUGGAUCAAGAUUAAGCUCAAUCACAAUUUGGAAAGAUGUAUGGCAAAUGUGAACAAACAUCUGUUAAGACAUAAGAUUAUCUUGGGGCUAGACGACAGAGGAAAGAUCAGCUGUCACAAAGUCAACUUGUGCUUCAUCUAUUUCGAUGCCACUGACUGUAUUAAAAAAUUGCAAGAAGUGAUAGACAGAGAGGAGGCAGAAGGAAGGCCAAUCGGCCGCGAGGAGACCUCGGAUGAGAAGCGUAACAGGCGGCAGUUCGCUCAGAGGAUGGACAUAGAAGAUCAAGACAUCAUCAUACAAGGCAGCAACCCUACACGGCUCUCCAGGAAACAGGAACGUGCCCUCCUGCUUCUCUUGCGCUACUCCUCGCGCUGGGUGAAGUUGUUGGUGCGCCAGCGGCUAGACCUGUGUGUCGACCAAUCGCACGGCUCCCCUCCCCCCCGUCACUGCAUCUCCGCCCGCUGCCCGUGUCAGUUCAUAGAGGAACACCUCAAGUACAAGCCAAGAGGUCCUUAUGUAACUCCUUACCAUGCUGCCAUGUUCGAACUUGCUUGCUAAGGGGAUCAGAAGAUGUAUUCUGCGGUCUGGGUCCUCCUGAAAAAGAUCCACACUUCCAAAUGGGCCUUAUGUAUUAACGGAGGUGCCUUCAACUUUCAACACACUGCAGUGCCUGUCUAUACAUAGCUUAAAUAUUUUACCU